AGUUGAUCGGACACUACGGAGUGAGUGAGUCCUGGAGGGAAGGAGGAGAUGCGCCUCAGGAAGAGGAGGAGGAGAUGUUUCUGCAGGAGAAUCCUGAGACUUAGCGAUAAGAAUUAAAGGUGUCGCAGGGAAUGUUUUUAGUGACAGCUUCAAGUUUAGAAAGUGGACGUGUUGUUCAGAGCUGGAGUUAAAAAGCGCAGGAUGAGACCAGGAGGAGAGGAUCUAGACUCGGACAUCACGUUAGUGUUUGCGUGAUUGACAGUUUUCCACCAUGGAGGAGAAGUUCAACAGACUCAUCUUCAUCCCCAUCGCAGCGGUGCUCUUCUUAAUGAUCGGCUACCAAUAUGUGUGCCCUGCAGACAGCAACACCUGCUUCUUCAGCAGUGAGGAGCCGGGGCUUGUCGAGCGAUACUCCGGCUCAGGGUUCCACUUAGUUUACACGGAGCCGGACGCGGACGAGGAGGAGCUCCAGUCCAAGAUCACGGCCAGGUUUAACUUCACGGAUCGGGAGCUGGACCGACACGUCGACUUCAACAUCCGCGGAGAUGAUGUGAUGGUGUUCCUGCACAUCCAGAAGACCGGCGGCACCACCUUUGGGCGCCACCUGGUGAAGAACAUCCAGCUGGAGCAGCCGUGCGACUGCAUGCCCGGCCAGAGGAAGUGCACCUGUCACCGGCCCGGCAAAGCCGAGUCGUGGCUCUUCUCCCGGUUCUCCACGGGCUGGAGCUGCGGGCUGCACGCGGACUGGACCGAGCUGACGAGCUGCGUGCCGGUGGUGAUGAACAAGAGGGACAAGAAGAGUAAGAUCAAGAGGAAUUUCUACUACAUCACCAUGCUGCGUGACCCUGUGUCUCGUUACCUCAGUGAGUGGAAGCACGUGCAGCGCGGUGCCACUUGGAAAACAGCCCUCCACAUGUGCGACGGCCGCCCGCCCACUCAGGACGAGCUGCCCGCCUGUUACAACGGCGAGGACUGGACAGGCGUGCCCCUGGCAGACUUCAUGAACUGUCCCUCCAACCUUGCCAACAACCGGCAGGUGCGCAUGCUGGCCGACCUCAGCCUGGUAGGCUGCUACAACAUGUCCUCAAUGAGCGAGCUGGAUCGGGGCCACAUGUUGCUCGCCAGCGCCAAGGCCAACCUGCGCAACAUGGCGUUCUACGGCCUGACGGAGUUCCAGCGCAAGACGCAGUACCUGUUCGAGCGGACGUUUGGCCUGCGCUUCAUCCGCGCCUUUACGCAGAUCAACAGCACCCGUGCGGCCAGUGUGGGGAUCAGCGAGAAGGUGCGGUGGCGCAUAGAGGGGCUGAACGCCCUCGACAUGGAGCUGUAUGAGUACGCCAAGGAGCUCUUCCUGCGGCGCUACCAGUACAGCCGGCAGAAGCAGCACCAGGAGGAGCGGCUGAGGAGGAGGCAGGAGAGGCAGCACAGGCAGCAGCUGCACAGGACCUAUCUGUCUGAGCUGUGGAGACUUGGAGGAGGAGGCAAGGAGGAAGAGGAGGAGGAGGAGGAGGAGAAGGUGCUGGAGAAUGUAGCCACUACAGAGGACUACAGCAGCCAGGUGGUGCGGUGGUGAGAAGAACCUGGACGCACUGACUGACUCAUUCUGCUUUACUCGCCUCCCUCCAUCUCCCCAUGUCUCGCCUCUGCUGUCAAUCUGCCAAAACCUCUGAAUGCUUAGUCUGACUGCCGAAUGGUGUCUUAAUAUUUACAAUGGGUGUAUUUGUCAUGGCAACAUAAACAUUUUGAGUGUUUUCUGUUUCUUAUGGUUAUUUUGGCUCUGCAGUUGUGAAAUGUGUUGAUUUAUUUAUUAGCAAGAGCUUUGGAAGUUCUCAAAGCAGUGGAACAAUUCUUAAACUUCAUUGAAAAAUACAAUGGGGGGGAAAAAAAAAAGUCUUUCUGAAUUUUAGAAUAUUUUCAAAAUGGAAAAUAACUGGAAGGAUCUUCAGUGUCAUAUUUGUUUAGCGCCGUGUCAAGCAGUGAAAUCUUGUAGUUACUCUGUGGUGUUUGGCUUCAUGAGGAUAUCAAAACACAAACUUGGCAAUGGUCUGCAGUAUUUUCUCUAUGUGACUGAUUGAGCUGCAGUGUACCGACACAGUCAAGGCAAUUUCUCGCAGGAAAUGUGUUCAAUAAAACCAUGCAGCAUCCAGUGAUGUAAA